AUGGGCGGAGUUAUCGUAGGACAUCGUUAUCUAAACAUACUAUUUCUCUUGUCGCAGACAGCUGUGAUCGUCAUCCAUCCAGGUGUUCAGGGAUUUGAACUUGGGAUCCUUCGUCCACAUGGAUACCUUAAUAAGAAGACAGGACUCAACGACGAAACUCGGAGAGGAGCUCGGGGGGCUCAAAGUCCAACAGAAACACCCAGCACAAUAUUGAGAAUUGAGACGACUAGCAGAACGCAUCGCCCAUUUUCGGGUCCCAACAUGAAGACCAGGUGGUGGCCGAGCUCCACAACAACAACAACAACUUCACAUCUAAUCGCCAUAUUAUCCACAUUUCUAUUCAUAGCGAGUCUCAGCGAUGCGAAGCCGUUGAAUUUGCCGCAGACAAUCACUUGCGAUGGAAGUAUAUACGUGUAUGUCAAUACCACCGAAGCCGAUCGGACACCAUACAUUUUCGUCGAGAUCAAAUCGCCAAACAUUCACGAUUGCAUUGAGAAAUGCUUCGGAAAUCAGUUUUGCUAUUCGCUGAAAUACGACGAAUCGAAAACCGACCAGUGCUCGCUCUAUUAUUUCGCCGCCUACAAUUGCACAGGGCAGACGCUGCGGCCGGCGAACGACGUCGUCUACACCGGCGGAAGUGUGUUCAUCGAUUGUCUCAAGUGUCCGAACAACGGCGAUUUUGUGACGGCGCCGCCGUUCACCAGCUUCACCGAGCAGACGAUAUCGGCGAAAGAUCAACGAGGAGAAACGCUCAUCGAGAAGCCAUUAGUCGAUGAUAUCAAACACAACAUCCAUUCAAAGCUUGAGGCGACAAGUGGACACUCGACAGCGAUUGUUGACCUUCGAGUCGAGGAUACGACACCGACAAGCAGCAUCAGCAGCGAAACGGCAACCGAAUGGACGGGAUUCGUCGAUGCUCGUGCGUGCGCUUCCACAAUUCGCUUCUGCGCGUCGAGCAACAUCGAUUGGGAGACUGUCGAUCUUCUCAUCAAUGAGACGCGCGCGGAUUCCGCCGAACACUGCGCCGAACGCUGUUUCACCUAUCAAUGCGGUUUUGCACUGUAUUCGCCGGAGACCAACACGUGCAAGUAUACAGUUGACACCGAGAGACUUGUCGACUCGGAUCAUUGCCACGACGAGAAUCUGAUUGAGACGAUCUCGACGAACGAGACGGUUCAGAUCACAUGUGUGACGUGUGAGACAACCGGAACCGAAAAAGAAGCCACGACGACGAAGCAGCCGACGACGACAGAAUCUACUACGAAAAUCGCGCCAAGUGUCGACAAAGGUACAUUCAUGCCAGCAUGCUAUAUUAAUUUCCAAGCCGAAUCCACCGACAAGCAUCCCAACUAUGACCACUACACGGUGAAAUCGGUGAAGAACGCGAACGCAUGCGCUCGUUUCUGUUUCGUCGGGCUUUGCACCACGGCAUUAUAUUCGCCUUCGACCGGCGAAUGUCGACUCGGAAAAGAGCGAACCGAGAAGUGCUCGGACGGCGACAAUAUUUUCGCAUACACUGGCACUGAAGACGUCGUCUUGCAGUGUUUCCGAUGCAGUCCACGGCGGAAAACUUCCACCACCACCACCACUGAAGCUCCUGAAUCUACAGAGCCUAUCUCUACAGAAGCCCCAACUCCAACAGAUGCUUCAACAGAAACAACAACAACCGCUGGAGACUUGAUCACGACGUCGUCUCCCUUUGAUGAAUCCACGUUGACACCUGAAACCAAGAAUGAGUCUACUCAAACUUCCGAUGGUCCACAAACGGAAAUCUCGGAAUCAAAAGAUGUCGAGCCGAUGGUGGCGACAAAAGUCGAACUUGCCAAGGAUACGACGGGAGUGAAAACCACGCAAAGAAAACAUUGCGUUAUCAAGUUCCAAGCUCGACCAUUAAGCCAGAGACCAGAAAAUUUCAAGGCGAAAUUUGAGCUUGACGUUCCGGUUGACUCUAUUGAGCUGUGCGCUACUAGAUGCUACCAGGAUGGAUGCUCGGGAGCAAGAUUCGAUCCGGCUGAUGGCACCUGCACAUUGUCGUACGACGACCCGCAAUUCUGCGCCCGCGGAAAUGUUUUCAUUCAUUACGAAGCAAAGGAAGCCACUUGGAUUCAUUGCGUCAAUUGCUAUACUGUGAAGCCAAGUGAUAUCGAUGAAGCUCUCGCAACCACAUCAGCUCCUGGUAAACUUUCCACUGGAUCGCUUUCGGAGUCUUCCACACAAGCUGAUGCUACUACACAGACUACCACCACGUCUGCCACAGAAUCAACGAAAGCGACCACUCCUGAAUCGGCGGUCACUUCUUCAGCUGCUUCUUCCACAUCAACGACGCCAUCCACAGAACUUCCAGAUGAUUUCCAGAGAGGAUGCUUGAUCAAGUUCCAAGCUCGACCACUUUCUGAACGACCAAAAGAGUUAUCAGCCAAAUUCGAAGUUGAGAUCAAAGUGGAUUCUGUGGAGCUUUGCGCCACUAGAUGCUACCAAGACGGAUGCUCGGGAGCCAGAUAUGAUCCUGUGUGGAACACUUGCAGUUUGUCAUACGAUGAGAAGCAUUUCUGUGCCAGAGGAGACGUCUUCCUUCAGUAUAUGGCCAAGGAAGUUACGUGGAUUCAUUGUGUUAAUUGCUAUCGCAUUAAAGCUCCAUUGACUGCUGACCUUCCAAAAGUCCCAUCCAAUGGCGAUAUUACGACCGCCGCCACUACUACAGAACAUCCUGCAACAAAUCCAUGGGGUGAGAAAGAAACGUCUGACGAGGUCACUACCACCACCACCAUCGCCACCACAAGCAAAUCGUCGGAAGCAGCGACUAUUGAGACGCCAACCACUCCGAAAACCAUUGGACAAGAAAAUGACGAUGAUUCGAGUCUUCUCAAAGGAUGCGUUGUUCACUUCCAAGCUCAACCAAUUGAAGAGAGACCGUCGGAAUUCGAAGCUCCAUUCGAGUUGACUUUGAAGGUUCCAUCUGCCGAGAUUUGUGCUCAUCGCUGCUACCAAGACGGAUGUACCGCAGCCAGAUACAGUCCGGAUAAGGGAGAAUGCUCGUUGGCUUAUGAGGAUCCUCCAUUCUGCAACAAAGUCAAACUAGUGAAUGUCAACAAAUCUCCUGAAACGAUUUGGAUCCAUUGUUUGUCGUGCGUUCCUGUCAAGAACACGAAAAUUGCUGAAAAUGCUGAUGAGAAUGUCACAGAAGCAUCUGGAGAAAACGGCGAUAUUACAACGACUGUUCCAGAAUCAUCCGGUGAGGAAGAUAAAACAACUGUCGCCUCGGAGUCUUCUGGAGAGGAAUCUACGACUGUUGCCACGUCCGAGCCAUCGGGAACUGAAGAUAAAACAACGGAAGGAUCUGGGGAAGAAGUGACGACUACAUCGUCAGAAACUACUACUAAAGCCUCAGAUGAAGGAUCUGGAGAAGACACAACUACACCAUCAGCUGGUGAAUCGGUGACCGUUGAAAAAUCGGAAGACGAAAAAGUCACCGAUGCUUCUGGAGAAGAGUCUACGACGACAACUGCUGCUGAAGCAACCACAAUUUCACCAGACGAAGGAUCUGGUGAAGAAAACACGACUGUUUCUGAAGAAACGACGCCAACAUCGAAAUCAUCUGGAGAUCAGGAGUCAACAACUACAGUAGCAGAGUCGUCAGGAGAAGAAACAUCAAAUCGGCCUUCUGAAGAAACCACUACAUCAACUGAAGGUUCAGGAGAAGAAACGACAACUGUCGCUGGAGAAAAAGUGACUGUUGAGAAGUCGGAAGAUGAACACGUUACCGAAAAUUCCGGAGAAGACACUACAACUUCUGCUCCCUCAGAGCAAACUACAUCGGAUGAAACUGAUGCUUCUGGAGAGGAAUCCACAACUACUCCAUCUACAGAAGAAAAGAUAACGACCCCAUCGGAAUCUUCUACGCCAGGAGACGAGUCGUCAGGAGAAGAGCCAACUACGCCUUCUGAGGAAGCGACAACAAAUGCUACAGAAUCAUCUGGAGAAGAAUCAACAACUGCUUCAACAGAAGACACUACGACAACUUCCGAGGGAUCUGGAGAAGAAGCAGUGACGAAGAAUGUUGUUCCAGUCGAAAAGUCGGAAGAUGAGAAUACUGUAACGACUGAAUCAUCUGGAGAAGAAGCUACCACCACGAGUGCAAGUGAAGAAACAACAACGUCGACUACGUCCGAUGAAGGAUCCGGAGAAAGCACGACAACGACCAGCACGGAAAGUUCUGGAGAGGAAUCCACCACGUCAUCAACGGAAACUACAACUGUCACUUCAGAAGAAGGACUCGGUGAUGAAAUAGCUACAACUACAACAACUGAAUCCUCUGGAGAAGAGUCGACGACAUCAUCUACAACUUCAAACGAAGUGACGACUACGUUUUCAGUGGAAGGAUCUGGAGAGGAGGCGACGACUACAGUGUGUGAACAAGCAACGGUCGAAAAGUCGGAAGAUGAGAAUGUGACGACGGAAUCAUCUGGAGAGGAAACUACGACGUCAUCUGGGGAGCAGGAAGCUACUACCACAUCUGAGGAAUCGUCUGGCGAAGAGACGACAACGUCUUCAACAUUUGAAGAGACGACUAUCGCCACCACACCAGAAGGUUCUGGAGAAGACACAUCGACGUCCGCUGCUUCUGAAACAACAACGAGCGCCACUUCAGACGAAGGAUCCGGCGAAGAAUCAACAACAACAACAGUUGAACCAGUGACCGUUGAAAAGUCUGAAGACGAAAAGAUUACCGAGGCUUCGGGUGAAGAAACUACAACAGUAGCCACGGAAUUGUCUGGAGAAGAAGCACAAAAGACGACUGUCGAAACCGAAAAUGGAGAGAAUGUUAGCACUGCAACAACUUCUGAAGCAUCUGGUGAGGAGGAGACUGCAACUGCUACCACGGAACCUUCUGAUGGAGAAACUACAGCAACGUCGACAUCUGAGGAAACAACGACUAAUUCCGACAACGAUUUAGGAUCAGGAGAAGAGAGUACGACUCAAUCCGGCGAAAAAGCUACCGUCGAAAAAUCUGAAGACGCUCAAGUCUCCGAAGCUUCCGGAGAAGAGUCUACUACAGCGCCAUCUGGAGGAGAAACAACUACAAUAGGAUCGGAGUCGUCAGGAGAAGAGCCAACUGCGACAGCAGAUGAAACCACAACGGAAUCUACAGAAUCAUCUGGAGAAGAAUCAACAACCGCUUCAACAGAAGACACUACGACAACUUCCGAAGGAUCUGGAGAAGAAGCAGUGACGAAGAAUGUUGUUCCGGUCGAGAAGUCGGAAGAUGAGAAUACUGUAACGACUGAAUCAUCUGGAGAAGAAGCUACCACCACGGGUGCAAGUGAAGAAACAACAACGGCGACUACGUCCGAUGAGGGAUCCGGAGAAGAAUCGACUACGUCGUCUGACUCAGUAAAAUCCACAACAGUCGAAAGUAAUGAAGGAUCGGGAAUGGAAAAUGAUACAACCACCACGGUUGUCGGAGAAGAAGUGACAGUUCCGACUACUACUCCUACGUCGGUUGAAUCAUCUGGAGAAGAAUCAUCGACAACUCCAUCAUCUGAAGAAGGCACGUCACCAGAAGGAUCAGGUGAAGGAGAAUCCACAACUUUGGAAAGCGUGACGGUGCAGAAGUCUGAAGAUGAAGUAGUGACUGAAGCCUCCGGAGAAGCAUCAACUACGACUGCGUCGGAAUCAUCUGGAGAAGAAUUGACAACUUCCACAACAACUGGCGAAGAGACAACAGUUGCUUCGGAACCAACUGAUUCUACUACAUCCAGACAGGAUGAAUCUACUACAUCGGAAUCAUCAGGAGAAGAAACCACAAAACCAUCAACUGAUAAAACAACUUCAGAGGGAUCUGGAGAAGAAUCUGUAACGAAGAAUGUUGUUCCAUUAGAAAAGUCCGAAGAUGAGAACGUAACCAAAGAAUCUGGAGAACAAUUUACCACUCCGGCAAUCGAAUCAUCCGGUGAGGAAGAUAAAACAACUGUCGCCUCGGAGUCUUCUGGAGAGGAAUCUACGACUGCUGCCACGUCCGAGCCAUCGGGAACUGAAGAUAAAACAACAGAAGGAUCUGGGGAAGAAGUGACGACUACAUCGUCAGAAACUACUACUAAAGCUUCAGAUGAAGGAUCUGGAGAAGACACAACUACACCAUCAGCUGGUGAAUCGGUGACCGUUGAAAAAUCGGAAGACGAAAAAGUCACCGAUGCUUCUGGAGAAGAGUCUACGACGACAACUGCUGCUGAAGCAACCACAAUUUCACCAGACGAAGGAUCUGGUGAAGAAAACACGACUGUUUCUGAAGAAACGACGCCAACAUCGAAAUCAUCUGGAGAUCAGGAGUCAACAACUACAGUAGCAGAGUCGUCAGGAGAAGAAACAUCAAAUCGGCCUUCUGAAGAAACCACUACAUCAACUGAAGGUUCAGGAGAAGAAACGACAACUGUCGCUGGAGAAAAAGUGACUGUUGAGAAGUCGGAAGAUGAACACGUUACCGAAAAUUCCGGAGAAGACACUACAACUUCUGCUCCCUCAGAGCAAACUACAUCGGAUGAAACUGAUGCUUCUGGAGAGGAAUCCACAACUACUCCAUCUACAGAAGAAAAGAUAACGACCCCAUCGGAAUCUUCUACGCCAGGAGACGAGUCGUCAGGAGAAGAGCCAACUACGCCUUCUGAGGAAGCGACAACAAAUGCUACAGAAUCAUCUGGAGAAGAAUCAACAACUGCUUCAACAGAAGACACUACGACAACUUCCGAGGGAUCUGGAGAAGAAGCAGUGACGAAGAAUGUUGUUCCAGUCGAAAAGUCGGAAGAUGAGAAUACUGUAACGACUGAAUCAUCUGGAGAAGAAACUACCACCACGGGUGCAAGUGAAGAAACAACAACGUCGACUACGUCCGAUGAAGGAUCCGGAGAAAGCACGACAACGACCAGCACGGAAAGUUCUGGAGAGGAAUCCACCACGUCAUCAACGGAAACUACAACUGUCACUUCAGAAGAAGGACUCGGUGAUGAAAUAGCUACAACUACAACAACUGAAUCCUCUGGAGAAGAGUCGACGACAUCAUCUACAACUUCAAACGAAGUGACGACUAUGUCUUCAGUGGAAGGAUCUGGAGAAGAGACGACGACUACAGCGGGUGAACAAGAAACAGUCGAAAAGUCGGAAGAUGAGAAUGUGACGACGGAAUCAUCUGGAGAGGAAACUACGACGUCAUCUGGGGAGCAGGAAGCUACUACCACAUCUGAGGAAUCCUCUGGCGAAGAGACGACAACGUCUUCAGCAUCUGAAGAGACGACUGUCGCUUCCACACCAGAAGGUUCUGGAGAAGACACAUCGACUUCCGCUGCUUCUGAAACAACAACGAGCGCCAUUUCAGACAAAGGAUCUGGCGAAGAAUCAACAACAACAGGCGAAAAUACUACAGCAUCACCGGAAUCUGAAACAACAACAACUUCUGAAGAAGGAUCUGGAGAAGAAAACAAAGCUGUGACGAAGAACGUCGUGCCAGUCGAAAAGUCUGAGGAUGAGCAUGUAACUGAGGCUUCUGGAGAAAACACCACAACAUCUCCAACAACUGAAUCCUCUGACGAAGAUGAAACAACAACAUCUGCUAUCGAAACGUCACCUUCUUCCGAAUCAUCGGGAGAAGAAGCUACUACUGCCCCGAUAUCCGAAGAAGCAACAACAUCUUCUGAAGGAUCAGGAGAAGAAACGGUGACAAAGAAUGAUUUAGCAGUCGAAAAAUCGGAGGAUGGAAAGCCAACAACGGAAUCCUCGGGUGAACAAGAAACAACUACGGAAUCUUCCGAAGAUACUACUACAAUAAAGUCUUCUGAAGAAGGAUCUACGACAGCUUCCUCUUCUGAAGAAGCGACAACAACGCCAACAGAAGAAUCUUCUACCACAACAUCUGGAGACUCAGAGACUGCAGCUCCAACUGAAGGAUCUGGAGAAGAAUCAACAACUACAUCUUCAUCCGAACAUUCCACAUCUGAAGGGUCUGGAGAAGAAGCUACAACGACAUCUUCAUCUGAACAAUCCACAUCUGAAGGGUCUGGAGAAGAAGCUACAACAUCUGCUUCAGAUGAAACUAAAGCUACUGCUGAAGGAACCAUUGAAGAGUCAACAACUGCUGCGGUUUCUGAUAAGACAACUGUUUCAGAAGGUUCAGGAGAAGAAGCUGUUACGAAGAACGUCGUACCAGUAGAAAAGUCUGAAGAUGAGAAAGUGACUGAUGAAGCUCAAACUACUACUGAAUCAUCCGGAGAACAAGAAACAACAACAGCUUCGUCCGAACAAGCAUCUUCUGCGGAAUCUUCGGGUGAAGAAUCUGUUACGACAUCAGCGUCAGAAGAAACAACUGCCGCCUCGAAAGAAGCUGCUGAAACAAUCACUACUGCAACUGAAGGAUCGGGUGAAGGAUCAACAACUUCUUCCACCUCAGAAGAGUCGGCAACCACAUCUGAAAGUUCGGUUGAGGAAGUAACUUCAACUACUUCUUCCUCUGCCACGAGCGCGUCGGAUGAAGGUUCUGGAGAAGAAUCGGUGACGAAGAACGUUGUGCCUGUUGAGAAGUCGGAAGAUGACAAGGUUUCGGCAGAAGAUCAAGCAACUACUAAAUCACACGACGAAGAAUCGACCACGUCUAAUGAGACCACAACGGCAUCAUCUGAAUCGUCAGGAGAAGGCGCUACUACUGAAUCAUCAACUGAGCAAUCUGGAGAUGAAACUACAACAUCUGGAUCCACUGAAGAAACUUCAUCCGUAUCCCAAGGAUCAGGAGAAGAAGAUUCUACGAUUUCUUCAACGGAAUCUUCAUCUGACGAAACUACCACAACCGCUGCAGCAGACGAAGGCUCAGGAGAAGAAGCUGUUACCAAGAACGUCGUACCAGUAGAAAAGUCUGAAGAUGAGAAAGUGACUGAUGAAGCUCAAACUACUACUGAAUCAUCCGGAGAACAAGAAACAACUACGGCAUCCUCCGAAGAUGCUACCACAGUAAAGUCUUCUGAAGAAGAAUCUACGACAGCUGCCUCUUCUGAAGAAGCGACAACAACGCCAACAGAAGAAUCUUCUACCACAAAAUCUGGAGACUCAGAGACUGCAGCUCCAUCUGAAGGAUCUGGAGAAGAAUCAACAACGACAUCUUUAUCCGAACAUUCUACAUCUGAAGGGUCUGGAGAAGAAGCUACAACAUCUGCUUCAGAUGAAACUAAAUCAGAAGAAGCGACAACAACGCCAACAGAAGAAUCUUCUACCACAUCAUCUGAAGAGACUACGACUGAAUCCGAAACAUCUGGAGAGGUAGCCUCAACAUCUGCAUCGGCUGGUGAAUCUGUAACCUCUUCAACAACUUCAGUUGAAUCAUCUGGAGAAGAAUCUACUACCACGUCGUCAAUUGAAACUACUGCCACAUCAGAAGGAUCUGGAGAAGAAUCUUCUACGGAAAACGUGGUUCCAGUAGAAAAAUCUGAAGAUGAAACGGUAACUGAGUCAUCUGGAGAGCACGAAUCAAGCACUACUGUCUCUGAUAAAACAACAACUGCUUCGUCUGAAAAAGAAUCGACUACUUCGUCGGCGUCUGAAGUAACGGCAUCUACAACAGAAGGAUCUGGAGAACACGUAACAUCUUCAACAUCGGUUGAAUCAUCAGGUGAACAAGAAACCGCUGCGUCUGAAACGACAACGACUUCCAAAGUUGAAUCCGAAGGAUCUGGAGAAGAAGCAACAACUUCUUCUGAAGAAUCUUCAACACCUGUGGAGGAAGCCGUUACAAAAAGCGUUGUUCCUGUUGAGAAGUCGGAGGAUGAGAAGGUCACUGAUGAAGCACAGGCUACUACUGAGUCGUCCGGAGAGCAAGAAACAACUGCAGCUACAGAAGCAUCAGGAGAAGAAUCAACAACUGUUUCCUCUGCUGCAGAAGCAUCUGGAGAACAUUCUACAACUUCGCCUUCAGAAGAAACUACUGCUACUGAAGAGAUCGUUAGCACCCAAGCAGAAGAAUCCACAACAGGUUCUUCAUCUGACGAGACUACCACGACCGCUGCAGCAGACGAAGGCUCAGGAGAGGAAGCUGUUACGGAGAACGUCGUACCUGUGGAAAAGUCUGAAGAUGAGAAAGUGACUGAUGAAGCUCAAACUACUACUGAAUCAUCCGGAGAACAAGAAACAACUACUUCACAAACUGUAACGGAGUCAUCCGGAGAAGAAUCGACGACUGUUGCUUCCUUUGUUGAUACUACAACACAAAUAGCUGAAGGGUCUAAUACUUCGACAUCAUCUGAAGAGACUACGACUGAAUCCGAAGCAUCUGGAGAUGAAGCCUCAACAUCGGCAUCAGUUGAUGAGACAACUGUUGCUAUUGCGUCAGAAGCAACAACAAGCACUUCUGAAGGCUCUGGGGAAGAAUCAACAACGACGACUUCAACAGAAAUCACUUCGACAACUUCCGAGGGAUCUGGAGAAGAAGCAGUGACGAAAAAUGUCGUUCCAGUCGAAAAGUCGGAAGAUGAGAAAGUAACAGAUGAAGCUCAAGCGACAACAGUGUCUACUGAAUCAUCAACAGCAUCGUCUCUGGCUGACACCACAACAGAAUCCUCUGGAGAACAAGAAACAACGACUUCGGCAGAUGCUCCUUCAACUGCAUCUUCUGAUGCUACAGAAACCACAACUUCGUCAGAAAGUUCAGGAGAAGAAGGAACAAGUGAAGCUUCAUCGAAAGAAUCGACAACUACCGAUGUUUCAUCUGAAGGAUCGGGCGAAGAAGCUGUUACCAAGAACGUCGUACCAGUAGAAAAGUCUGAAGAUGAGAAAGUGACUGAUGAAGCUCAAGCUACUACUGAAUCAUCCGGAGAACAAGAAACAACUACGGCAUCCUCCGAAGAUGCUACCACAAUAAAGUCUUCUGAAGAAGAAUCUACGACAGCUGCCUCUCCUGAAGAAGCGACAACAACGCCAACAGAAGAAUCUUCUACCACAAAAUCUGGAGACUCAGAGACUGCAGCUCCAACUGAAGGAUCUGGAGAAGAAUCAACAACGACAUCUUUAUCCGAACAUUCUACAUCUGAAGGGUCUGGAGAAGAAGCUACAACAUCUGCUUCAGAUGAAACUAAAGCUACUGCUGAAGGAAUCAUUGAAGAGUCAACAACUGCUGCGGCUUCUGAUGAGACAACUACUUCAGAAAGUUCAGGAGAAGAAGCUGUGACGAAGAACGUUGUUCCAGUCGAAAAGUCGGAAGAUGAGAAGGUCACUGAUGAAGCCCAGGCUACUACUGAAGGAACUUCUUCAGAAGGAUCCGGUGAGGAAGUCACAACUUUAUCCGCACUAUCUGAAUCGACUACAAGUUCUCAAGCAUCUGGAGAAGAAUCAACUACCACAACCAACCCAACGGAAGAAACCGAAUCAACUACCGAAGGACCAGCGUUCGUUACCGGUGACGGAAGCGAAGAAUCAACAACGACAUCUUCAAACGACAACUCUGAAGCAACAACAUCUUCAGAAGGUGUUGUAGAAGAAGCUGUGACAAAGAAUGUUUCGCCAGUCGAAAAAUCGGAAGAUGAGAACCAGUCUUCAACGGAGUCGUCUGGUGAGGAAGCUACUACGAUAUCUACCUCUGAAGAAUCGACAACUACUCAAGAUGGUGAGGAAGCAACCACAUUGUCUUCUGAAGCUACUCAGGAAGUCUCGACAAAUUCAUCCGAAGAAUCAACCACGGGGAAAUCAGAGGAUGCAUCAGAAGGAUCGGGAAAAGAAUCUUCAACAACAGCCAUUCCAGAAGAAUCGACUACGGAGGCUGAGGGUUCUGGUGAAGAAGCAGUGACGAAGAAUGUUGAACCAGUUCAAAACUCUGAAGACGAUGAUACUCAGAAAGAAACGACUUCUGAAACUACGGUUGCUUCCAAAGAAUCUACUUCCGAAGAAUCUACGACAGUUCCAAGCAAUGAAUCCACAACUGUGUCGAAUCCAGAUGAGUCCUCGACAACUUCAUCCUCUGAGGAGACCGAGUCUACAACUGAAGGACCAGCAUUCGUUACUGGCGAUGGUAGCGAUGAAUCAACCACUUCGGCAGCUGUAAGUGAAGCAACUACUGAAGGAUCCGGAGAAUCGGAAACAACUGAAGCUCGAGAAAAGUCAACAUUUGUGCCAGUUGUUGCUCAAGUCAAUGACAACGAAGGAACCACCACUGCGGCCGCCGAUUCCAAUGAAGGAUCUGGAGAAGAACUGACGACCCCCCUUUCUGAUGUAGGCAGCACAACCACGAGCGAGAAGCUGACCACGACUAAAGAGCCUCCAGCAUUUAUUACUGGCGAAGAAGAAACUACCACAAAGGAGGCUGAUACGACGACCGAGGAAGCUGUUAAAAAAGUGGAAUCCUCUGAAGAUGGAGCUGUUGAAGCGACAACGAAGAAUGGCGACGAACCGGCCACAGAUGCUGGACAAGAAUCAACGACAGUUGCGAACUCCAAAGAGUCUACGAUUGAAGGAUCCGGAGAUGAUUCAGCCGAAUCAACGACUAAAGGGGAUGAAAGUUCGGAAUCUACCACAGUUGCUGGAGAGGAAGCGACGACGACUAAAACGGAUGAAGAAGAAACCACAACUGAAGGCUCAGGAGAAGAAGCUGCUGCUUCAGUUCAACCAAAGACUACGGAAGAAGCUGGAGAUGAGAAGUCUGAAGAUAAGAAUCAAGAAAAAGACACGUCUUCUACUGAAGCCCCAGCCUUUGUCACCGGCACUUCUGACGGCGAUGCUUCUACACAAGAAUCUGAAGCUUCUACACCAUCUGUUGAAAAAUCGGAAGACGAUCAUCUUGGAGAGGAAAUUGAUAUUCCAAAGUCUGAAGAAGCAUCAACCCCCGACAUUCCAGUCAUUACACCGAAACCACACUUCGAGCCUCACGAACUUUCAACGGAAGCGACGACUCCGGCGAGCAACGAGGAAGAAUCAUUCGAGAAGAAGACUGUUGGAAGCCAUGAUGCCGCUUCGACCGGCAAACAAGCCGACGAGACAUCGACGAAAUCAUCAUUCUCUUCAGAAGACUUGAAAGGAACUGAGAAAGAGGAUGACGACAUCAAACUCGCCAAAGAGCUCGGCAAACAGUUCGCUGCAGAUCUUGCAAAGAUUGCCGACCAAUCCGGAGUUAAACUUGGCGAAUCUGAAGAAUCAACUACAACGGAAGCAUCGGCGGAAGAAAUACAAGGAACGACUGAGCCUUCAAGCUUCGUCACUGAAGGAUCGUCAACUGUGAAGCCGACAUCAAGCGAUGAAGACGAUGACGAUGACACGAAUGACGAGAAUGCCAAUGAAUUCUUGAGCGGAAUCGACGAGUCUAUGUUCAACAAGAGUCUCAUCACCGAUACUCACCGCGAGGAUCUUCCAAACAACGUCGGAUUCGUACCGCCUUCGGAGCCUACCGAGAAGUCAAAAUCUUCUGAAGACGAUGAAGAUACUGAUGGAACAUCCACUGAAAAUGAUUACGAGGAUUUGGUGUCGAAGACAAGUACUGAGGCGUCAACGACUACGACAACCUCUUCUGAAUCUACGACAACCACUACAGCUCAAUUGUCGACGACCACUGAGCCGCCAGUGCAACUCGUGAAAGAUCUGAUCGAUGCCUUGGCUGCAGGUGGCCUCGAUUUCGUUUUAGGUAGACCAAGAAAGCCAGCUCCACAAGCUGCACAAGACAUGAUCAACAAGAAGCUUGGUCCGAUUCAAAGACUACUACCACCUGAGCUCUUACCCAAACAUGAAUGUACCACUGGACUUGUCCGAUUCCAUGCUUCCGAACUCACCGAUUUGAGUCAACACUUUGAACGUGAUGCCGUCGCGUUCUCGUUGGAGCAUUGCGCGCGAAUGUGCUACGAGACGUCGUGUUCGAGAGCUGCUUUCACGCGAUUCCCGCGUCCUGUUUGUCUCAUGCAUUAUGCGGACGAAAAAACGCAACACAUGGAAGCGAACUGCUCGGAAAUCGAGCAGAACAACACGUGGAAAUUCACGAAAAUCAAUCAAGUUGUCGCUAUCGAUUGUGUAUCAUGUGCGCUUCCUGACAAUUCCCAUGACAUUACCUCUUUCUCAGUCGAUGAAGCUCAAGUUUCAGAAAAUGUCCAUAAACCACAAGGAACCACUCCAAAAUGCAACGGUCGUGUCGAAUUCCAAGUGAUCCCAGUGGCCAGCCUUCCAAAAUUGAAUAUCACCAAUGAUGUUCCGGCUUCGUCUCCAGCGGAUUGUGCGAGAAAAUGCUUUGAAUCAGAGCACUGCAAGACUGCUGGAUUCAUUCCUUCUCCAUCAGGUACCAUUGCUCAGGGAGUCUGCUUGUUGACUUCCGACGAUCUUGUUUGUGGAAAUAUGGCAGAUUUUGUGCCACAACACGCCGCCAUUCAUCCGUUUGUUAUUUCUUGCAUUCAAUGCACAGAAUGCACUUAUAACAUUCGACCAGUGACGCCAACGCGAGCGAUGCCGGCGCUCAAAGUACACGAGACGGCGGAGAGCAUUCAAAAAUGCGCGGAACUUUGCGCGGACAUCGGCUGCACCUUGGCGAAAUACGAAACAAACACGAAGAUUUGCUCAAUGACGAAAGACGCUUUUGCCGAGGACACUUGUCCUCAAGAAGUCGCCACACAGAUUCAUGAUUCGCUUCUGCCGAUCAGUCUGGAAUGCGUCAAAUGUGCUCAAUCCUAG